AUGUUGAGGCGGUCUCUUGGAUUCCGAACUUUCGUCACAUAUCGUCCUUUUUCGCAAAAAAUGUCUACAGAAAAACCCAUAAUAUUUGCUCCGCCCACUUACCAAUACCAAAAGGGCCACUUGAAUGAGAGUGAAGUUCUGGCCAGUCCUAUUGACCAAUUUCACAAGUGGUUUGAAGAUGCCAGGAACACCGUCACUGAUGCUUCUGCUAUACCGGAAUGCACUACGUUUUCCACAGCCAGGUUGCCAUCAGGCCGCGUGCUGUCGCGUGUUGUUUUGCUCAAGGAAUUAGAUACUCACGGCUUUAUUGUCUACUCCAACUGGGACCAGUCGAAGAAAGCCAAGGACUUUGAGACAAACAAGUACGCAUCGCUCAACUUUUUCUGGCCGCAUAUCCAGCGGCAGGUUCGGGUCGAAGGCGUGAUGGAGAAAGUGACCAGGGAGACAUCUGAACGCUACUUCAAGACCAGGCCCCGUGGAUCCAAGAUCGGAGCAUGGGCUCUGCCCCAAUCACAAAAGAUCACUCUGAGAGACGAGCUUGAUGGUCUUUACAAGAAGUAUGAAGAGAAGUUCCGUGAUUUGGCAGAUGAUGAGAUCCCAUGCCCAGAGUACUGGGGUGGAGUUAGAAUAGUGCCGCUUGAGGUGGAGUUUUGGCAAGGUGGAAUGAGCCGUUUGCAUGAUAGAAUCACAUACACACGCGAGGAUACUACUGGAGUCUGGAACAUGAGCAGAAUCUCGCCAUAG